AUGCAUUGCACUGCACUGUCCUGCACUUGCGGCCGGCGUCGGGAAGGAGAGAUGGAGGGGCAGCAACGGUGGCCAGCCCAGCCCAGCCCAGCGGCGAGGGGAGGGAAAAAGAGGGGACCUCGGAUUGGUCCAGCCAGGGCUUACACAGGCAGACAGGCAGGCAUGAGCUCACUGAGCCAACUGGCGCCCACGUAUCAUUCCAUCAGACCAGACGAGCUGCAGUCCAAAGAACAAUGGUACAUUAUUCCAACCCAAGGUGCAAAAAAUAGCAGUGUUAUGUAA